AUGGCGGAUCUACGCGAGCGGAAUUCUGCCGAUCAAAGCACUCAUACUCCCGGUCGUAUCUUGCUUCUAUUCGAGCUCUCGCGGCUGGCCGGUUGCGUCAGUGAACGGCCGAUUCUCUCGGACGUUUGGGCGAAGCAUAAGUUGCGAGGUUGCUGUGGUCUGACGUACGGGGCUGCGACGGACACAGCAAGUCAACGACGACAACCAGUUCAGCCUACAUCUAAACCUGUCGGAAUACCGUUUCAUCAGUCCGCUACUCCUUCAACAGAUUCGGAGAAUGACAUGUGCAAGGCGGUAGCAAGAAGAGGCAGCGCGAUCCCUUCCAUUGAACGGGACAGUGAAGCAGAGAACACGGAUUGUGAAGUCACAUUCCGUGAUCAGGAUAACAGCGAUGGUGACCGUGAACCAGAGCCUAGUCAAGUUUUUGAAAUUCUUUAUGAUUACGAGGCUCGGAAUAAUGACGAGCUUAAUCUCACUGCGGGUACGACUGUGAAGUUGAUAAGAAAAACUGAGGAAGAGUCAUGGUUUUACGGUGAACGCGAGGAUGGCAAACGAGGCUUAUUUCCUGGAAAUUAUGUUAAACUUUUAGGCUCUGAUGCCAAGAUAAUAGCUGCUGAUGAGAUCUCGGAACCACCCAUUGGAAAAGAGUCUAUUGGAAGGGGUGCAUCAGCCGAAGUUUUUAAGGUCGUUUAUCGAGGAGAGCUCGUCGCUUUGAAGAAAGUACGUGAUAAGUCGGAUAUUGAAGCUUUAAAAAGAGAGGCUGUUGUAAUUAAUCGACUUCGGCAUCCUAAUAUUAUUCAUCUGCUGGGGGUUUGCCUUGAAGAACCACGUAUUGGCUUGGUUCUGGAGCUCUGCGACGGUGGCUCUUUGAAGAGACUCUGUCAAACCCUGGUCAACUCGUUUGUUUCUGUGCGAGUACUGGUCGACUGGGCUGCGCAAAUAGCGUCAGCAAUGAAAUGUCUUGCCUCGGAGAAUCUCAUGCAUAGAGACCUCAAAGCAGACAAUGUGUUGGUAAAAGAGCGCGUGUGUUUGUGCAACUAUGCUGUUUCUACGCCUACAACAUCUACUCAAUCAUUGCAUAAUGGAAAUCAGGUGACCACGACCGAUGGAUGUUGUCAGAGUUGCGGAGGAAGGGCAUUGGAUCGCCUGACAAUGAAGAUUACCGAUUUUGGAAAUACGAAGAAAAUAAAGGACGAGGAUGAGAAACGCCAAAGCUUAGUUGGUACGUACGCCUGGAUGGCUCCGGAAGCCUACAAAUGCCAAAAAUAUUCUGAAGCUUCGGAUGUUUGGAGUUUUGGUGUGGUGUUGUGGGAGCUGUUAACGCGUAAAGAUCCUCAUCAGGGACACUUGCCUAUCACUGUAGCCUACCUCGUCUCUACAAGUGGAUUUGAUUUGCCCAUUGCUGACGAUUGUCCUUUAAAAUGGAAAGACAUAAUGCAGAGCUGUUGGAAUGUGGAACCGGAGCAACGUCCAACUUUUGCGAAGCUGCUGGACUUGUUCAACGAGUAUCGUGAAGAACUCGAACGAACAACUUUCUCAGAAGAACAAGAAGCUCUUGUACAACGUGUACGUGCUGACAUUAAAAAGGAAAUCACGGAGGUUUACGUGAAGUUGAAUGAGAGCGGUCAAGACAAAAUGCGUCGUCUGUGUCACAAGUUGUAUGAGCAGUUGGAUAUGAGAGGUGGAGAUAGCUCAUCCAAGUCGAAGGAAGCAUCAGCGCCCGAAGUACGAGAACGUCGUAAAGGCAAAAAGAAGAUUGAGAAGCAGGACAUAUCCCAACCACAAGUUGAUCGACGACCAUCCAACGGACUUACAAAGCCAGCAUCUAGCAAUGGAUUUGGGACAUUACCACGUAGAGAGAAGGAACGUGUGGACGCUCACCGAGCUUUGCAGCCGAAUCUCUCCAUUAGUUAUCCCAAUCUGACUGAAAUAGAGGAUAAUUUCGGGAAAAAGUGCGGAACGUUACAACGGAAAGAUGCUAUCCGCAAGAAGCGACCUGCAUUGCCACAUGACGACAACGAGCGAGUUGCACAGCCGGUAUAUGACCCUGAUGCAGAGAAUCGCCCACACCAUCUCCCACCUGGACGAGUGGGUAAUUCAGGAAGACGCAGCGAAGGCACGCAUGAGGACUCAAGUAAAGUGAAGAAGUGGUGGUUCUCGAAAUUUCAUGUGUUUCGUCGCGGUAAUCAUUCAAUCGAUUCUGACGAAGCACCACCAUCCGCUCGUUUAUCACCUGUGUCGGCUAAUCCUCUGGCUCCACCUCAACAAGGGAGAACUACACCAAGCAACUAUGAGCAUUUAUCCCCUCGUCACCGAUCAUCAACUACUGGUGCAGAUGAUUAUACAAAACUAGUAUCUCCUUCCAAAGUAAGUCGCAAUACUCCAACUGACAAGACCAACAAGCGUCACGACAUUCAGUACACGCAACAAACAACAAGAUACGUGAAGCCCGCGAUGCACCAACAAUCGGGCUCGAAUGGACUUGGAGCUGGAGUUUCGCAUGAUCCAGCGGGACGUUCUCCUAGACGAGAAAUAGGUCUCGAUGACAUGAUUCCCACAACUCCUGAGGGCACUUAUGGCCCGCCGCCUAUCCCUGUGAAACACCAUCAUCGUCGUACCCCAUCGGACGAGAAAGGUGUUUCCCGACAGAACGCGUUUCAUAAUGGGCAUGCUCCACGGUCACCAUAUCAUGCCCCGUCACAGCCAAACCUCUCUACGAUAAUUCCUCCGUCAACAUCCUCAUACGAAGAGCCUUACACCAUGCUGAACACUCGAAUACCUGCUCCAUCUACAGAUCCCUACAUUGCUUGUCCCGCACCCCACGUAGAAGUCGUGAAUAAUGUACCAUAUUUGACGAUGACACCAAAGAAUGGCAUCGCUUCUUCUGCUAACGUCAUCUCACCUUCACCCCCUGGUGCUACUGUACAAAAUGAUCAAUAUAUCCACUGCCCCCGUAAGCCGGAGCGUCCUAUAACUCUAAAUCUUACAAAUGCCAAUACACCAGAGAGCAGUGGAAUAAGUACGGGCGGAAGUUCGGCGUUUUCGAACUUAUCUCUUGCGGAAGCUGCUCCUAUGAUUCAUGCCCCACCACCUCCACGUCCACCUAUCAUUCCUCCAAGAGAGGGGUCUAUAGGAUUACCACUUUGCGAGUAG